UAUGCGGCCAUUAGAAUGGUUGGAGAUAUUGUUGCUGUUCAAUUACGUCGCUGGACAAGCCCGACAAUCAGUCCGGCAAGCGGGAUACGUUUACGACAUACCAAAUGUACCGUUUUCAUUACCAAGUCCUAAUUAUAAUCCGCAAACCUACCAAGCCAAUCCCACUCCACCCCCAACAGACGCGCCUUCGUACUUACCACCACCGGUAUCGCCUUCACCCACACCCCCGUCUCCGUCACCAAAAUAUAGUUAUCCAACACCAUCGACACCUCUUCCAACACCACCACCGCAACCGACCUAUGGCACUCCACUACCAUCUCCUCCUCCACCACCCCCGCCACCACCAUCUCCUCCUCCACCACCGCCGCGGCCUUCAACACCAGCACCAACAUAUUUACCACCAUUCGGUCAAGUGGGACUGCAACAAGGUUUUCAAGGACCUGGCGCCUUUGCAACGAGUACAGCAUCAACGAUACCCACUGGAGCAGUGAAGAUAAGUGGUCCAUUAAUCGCGGGAAAUGGAAAUUAUCCUACCGCUACGACCGCCGCGCCAUUUCCAUCGUACAAUUCGAGGAUCCCUACCACAUCGUCGAAUUAUAAUUAUCCAUCUACAACUCCAAGCUACUCGUCAACUGCCUCAGCAUUUAGUUAUUCAUCCACGCCUUCCACUCCGAGUUAUAACAAUGCACCCGUUAAAAUAAGUUUGCCGACACUUGCUUAUCCGCAAACAACAUCAAGGCCUGCACCACAACCUAGUUAUCCCUCGCAACAACCAAGCUACCCUACCCCGCAACCUAAUUAUCCUCCUCCACAGCCGAUGUACCCCCCACAGCGACCAAGUUAUCCCGCACCGCAACCCAAUUAUCCUCCUCCACAGCCCAAAUAUCCUCCUCUGCAACCCAGUUACCCCACGCCACAACCUAAUUAUCCUCGUCCACAGUCUACGUAUCCUCCUCAGCAACCGAACUAUCCCGCACCGCAACCUAGUUAUCCCGCACCACAACCUAGUUAUCCUUCUCCGCCACCUAAAUAUCCUCCUCAGCAACCGAGUUACCCAGCACCACAACCUAGCUAUCCUCCUCCACAACCUAAGUAUCCACCACAGCAGCCGAGUUAUCCCGCUCCACAACCUAGCUAUCCCCCUCCACAGCCUAAGUAUCCGCCACAACAGCCGAGUUAUCCUUCUCCGCAACCUAAAUAUCCUCCUCAGCAACCGAGUUAUCCUGCACCACAACCUAGCUAUCCUGCACCACAACCUAGCUAUCCUGCACCACAACCUAGCUAUCCUUCUCCACAACCUAAAUAUCCUCCCCAACAACCAAGUUAUCCCGCACCACAACCCAAUUAUCCUCCUCCACAACCUAAAUAUCCUCCGCAACAACCAAAUUAUCCUGCACCGCAACCCAAUUAUCCUCCUCCACAACCUAAAUAUCCUCCGCAACAACCAAGUUAUCCCUCACCGCAACCCAAUUAUCCUCCUCCACAACCUAAGUAUCCUCCGCAACAACCAAGUUAUCCCUCACCGCAACCCAAUUAUCCUCCUUCACAACCUAAGUAUCCUCCUCAGCAGCCAAGUUAUCCUGCACCGCAACCCAAUUAUCCUGCACCGCAGCCCAGUUAUCCUCCACCACAACCUAAGUAUCCUCCGCAGCAACCGAGUUAUCCCGCUCCACAACCAAGCUAUCCUGCCCCAACUCCUAAACCAAGUUACCCAUCUCCACCUCCUCAACCGAAUUAUCCUCCGCAAACUCCCAAACCGAACUAUCCACCUACACAACCUAAAUAUCCCCCUCAACAACCAAGCUAUCCAGCGCCGCAGCCUAAUUAUCCUCCGACAACUCCCAAACCAACUUACGGUGUUCCCGUUUCUCAACCCAGUUAUCCUGCUCCAGCACCAACACCAAGUUUCCCGUCUCUACCAUACCAACCUUCAUACCCUUCUCCUAAACCGAGUUACCCUGCACCAUCUCCGCAGCCUAACUAUCCUAUGCCUCGGCCAACAUAUCCCGCUCCCGCUCCAAAUGUGAAUUAUCCUGCACCACAACCUCAACCUAAUUAUCUUUCUCCGGUACAAAAGGUAGUAAAUAUGUACAAUUAUCCCUCGCAGAAUGAGGGUUUCGCAGGUCAACAAAAUAUGAUAUACCUUCCACCUUAA